AUGUCUUCCAGAGACGACAGCAAGGCUCCAAGCUCUCAGGUGCCUUUGUAUUUGUGGGGAGGUUUCGAGGUGUACAAGAAGAGGUUUGUGGCCAACCUGCACCGCGUUACGAAUGAAGGUCAAUUCAAGAGGUGGUGGGCUGCUUAUGCUUCUGCAAUUCCCGAUGACGUGCAUAUCAAGUUGGCGAAGCCUUUGACUGAAGUCGUGCCCUACGUGGAUGCGAAUGAUCCAAAUGCCCGAAUCAUCACUUUCCGUCCCUUUUACUUCUCCUUGGGCUUCAAAUUCCCGAUGUCAAAGCUCUUCAAGGAGGUGUUCUGCGCCAUAGGGUGUGCUCCGAGUCAGUGUACUCCAAACGUCUAUCGGGUCGUCAUAUGUUUUGAAAACCUGAGCCGUUUCUUCACGCUGGAGCUCCAGACGUCUUGGCUAUACAUUUUUCUUAGGAUUUUGGCAAAAGCCAGGGUUCCCCCUUGA